AGGCUGGGUUCAGUAGUAGCGAACUUGUCUCUAUGUCAAGGCUGUGGAUUGAUCGUCCCUGCUGUUACUAGAAUUGCGAGCCAGACCCUGGGCUCUGAGAAUCUAAUAAACCAGGUUAGUCACCAUCCUUAAUAAGUCGAUUAAACAAGUAAUGGUAAGAUAUAGAAAAAGGAGAUUUAUUCAAUACGGCCACAUUGGGAAGAGGGACAAAGAGAAGUCUUAUCUUCUGAGUUCUAAUAUGAAACUGAGGUUUAAGUAAAGAGUCAGACUUGAUAUAGAGUUGAACAGUGAAGGUCGAGGUGUGGACCUGUCCAUUACUGUCUUGGCUUCAGUCCUGCAAGGUGAUCUCUGAAAUCUCUUUCCCCGGAAACAAAUUUCUACUCUGGCUGGUGGAAAAGCAAUUCCCUGGAGUGCUUCCUCCGCAGAUGGCUAACCAGAGGGACACAAUUGCCUCGUUAAGGAUAGCCUCACUCUUGCUAGGAGGGUAACAGAGAGGCAGUUAUCCCAGGUGUUCCCCACCACACUCUGAAAGCUAGGGCCUAUGACAACGUGGAAAGCCGCAUUGCCUGCUCCAGGUCAGUAGCCGGAAUCAGCUUAAGGCCUCCAAGAUCCUGCCCGGAGAAGCCAGUACGAUCCAAAAUCACACUGCUUUGCAGGACUCUGUCGCCGCAACCUAGGUCACGCAAACUUGCUCAGACAGGCCCAUUCCUGCCCGGACUCCGCCCAGUUCCACCGCGCCCCCUACACACUAUCUCUGAUUGGCUAAAAGCGAGGCGGGAAGCUCCCGGCUCAUCAGAGGCGGGCUCCACACAGGCUCUUUCCGCAGCCAGUCAUUGCCGCCAACCAGUCUUUGGUGACAACCCUCUUGCUGCCUGGGCCCACCGGCUCCCGCAGACGCUCCUGGGCCUCCUCUGUCAGCGGGUCACGACGUCUUUCCGGGUCGCCUGCGCACCUUCGCUGCUGAGCGCGACGCAGGCGCACUAGCUGAUUUCUCCCGGGAGGUCCCUGAGCACGUGGGUUGUGCUGUCCUGCGCGCGCGGAGCGACUGGAACCUGAUUUUUGCUGGUGUUCACCGUGGGUGGCAGACUAGCAAAGGCCAUGGCACCAGCGGGAAUCCUGAACGGGAAACUGGUUUCUGCGUUGGCGACAGAGAUGAUUCCAAUCUUUAUAUAAAUGUGAAGCUGAAGGCUGCUGAAGAGAUUGGGAUCAAAGCCACUCACAUUAAAUUACCAAGAACAUCCACAGAGUCCGAGGUGUUAAAAUAUGUCAUCUCCCUGAACGAGGAUGCCUCUGUGCACGGAUUCAUAGUGCAGCUGCCUUUAGAUUCAGAGAAUUCCAUUAACACUGAGGCAGUCAUCAAUGCCAUUGCACCCGAGAAGGAUGUGGAUGGGUUGACGAGCGUCAGUGCUGGGAAGCUCGCCAGAGGUGAUCUAAAUGACUGCUUCAUCCCAUGCACACCCAAGGGAUGCUUGGAACUCAUCAAAGAGGCAGGGGUGCAGAUUGCCGGAAGGCACGCGGUGGUGGUUGGUCGAAGUAAGAUAGUUGGUGCACCCAUGCAUGACCUCCUUCUGUGGAACAAUGCCACGGUGACCACCUGCCACUCCAAGACUGCCAAUCUGGACAAGGAGGUAAAUAAAGGAGACAUUCUGGUGGUUGCCACAGGCCAGCCUGAGAUGGUGAAGGGGGAGUGGAUCAAGCCUGGGGCUGUGGUCAUAGACUGUGGGAUCAAUUAUGUUCCAGAUGAUACAAAACCAAAUGGAAGGAAAGUCGUGGGUGAUGUGGCCUACGAUGAGGCCAAGGAGAGGGCGAGCUUUAUCACGCCUGUCCCUGGUGGCGUGGGGCCCAUGACCGUGGCAAUGCUGAUGCAGAGCACAGUAGAGAGCGCACAGCGCUUCCUACAGAAAUUUAAGCCAGGGAAGUGGACAAUUCAGUAUAACAAGCUGAACCUCAAGACUCCUGUCCCAAGUGACAUUGCUAUAUCACGAUCUUGCAAACCAAAGCUCAUCGGGAACCUGGCCCGAGAAAUCGGGCUGCUCACCGAAGAGGUGGAGUUGUACGGGGAAACGAAGGCUAAAGUCUUGCUGUCAGCAUUAGAUCGCCUGAAGCAUCAGCCAGAUGGGAAAUAUGUCGUGGUGACUGGAAUUACUCCAACACCGCUGGGAGAAGGGAAGAGUACCACCACGAUCGGGCUGGUGCAGGCCCUCGGCGCCCACCUGCGACAGAACGUCUUUGCAUGUGUGCGACAGCCUUCGCAGGGCCCCACCUUUGGGAUAAAAGGUGGCGCUGCAGGAGGCGGCUAUUCCCAGGUCAUUCCUAUGGAAGAGUUUAACCUCCACCUCACUGGUGACAUCCACGCCAUCACUGCUGCUAACAACCUCGUGGCUGCUGCCAUUGAUGCUCGGAUAUUUCAUGAGCUGACCCAGACAGACAAGGCUCUCUUUAAUCGUCUGGUACCUUCAGUAAACGGAAUAAGAAAAUUCUCUGACAUCCAAAUCCGCAGGUUACGGAGGCUAGGCAUUGAGAAGACUGACCCCACCACGCUGACAGAUGACGAGAUAAACAGAUUUGCAAGACUGGAUAUUGACCCAGAAACCAUAACAUGGCAGAGAGUGUUGGACACCAACGAUAGAUUCCUGAGGAAGAUCACAAUUGGACAGUCUCCAACAGAGAAAGGCCACACACGCACGGCCCAGUUUGAUAUCUCUGUGGCCAGUGAGAUCAUGGCAGUCCUGGCCCUCACGAGCUCUCUGGAAGACAUGAGAGAGAGACUGGGCAGAAUGGUGGUAGCGUCCAGUAAGAAAGGGGAGCCUAUCAGUUGCGAAGACCUGGGCGUGAGUGGGGCGCUGACGGUGCUGAUGAAGGAUGCAAUCAAGCCCAACCUCAUGCAGACCUUAGAGGGCACGCCAGUGUUUGUCCAUGCCGGGCCUUUCGCCAACAUUGCACACGGGAAUUCCUCCAUCAUUGCAGACCGGAUUGCACUCAAGCUGGUAGGCCCUGAGGGCUUCGUAGUAACGGAAGCUGGAUUCGGAGCAGACAUAGGAAUGGAAAAGUUCUUCAACAUCAAGUGCCGGUAUUCUGGUCUCCAGCCACACGUGGUGGUUCUGGUUGCCACUGUCAGGGCCCUUAAGAUGCACGGGGGUGGCCCCACGGUCACCGCUGGACUGCCUCUUCCCAAGGCUUACACAGAAGAGGACCUGGACCUGGUUGAAAAGGGCUUCAGUAACUUGAGGAAACAAAUCGAAAAUGCUAGAAUGUUUGGAGUCCCUGUCGUCGUGGCUGUGAACGUGUUCAAGACAGAUACAGAUGCUGAGCUGGACCUUGUCAGCCGCCUCUCCAGAGAACACGGGGCUUUUGAUGCUGUCAAGUGCACCCACUGGGCAGAAGGGGGCCAGGGGGCCUUGGCCCUGGCUCAGGCUGUCCAGAGAGCGUCACAGGCCCCCAGCAGCUUCCAGCUCCUCUAUGACCUCAAGCUCUCAAUUGAGGAUAAAAUCAGGAUUAUUGCACAGAGGAUCUACGGGGCCGAUGACAUCGAAUUGCUCCCGGAAGCACAGAACAAAGCAGAAAUUUACACAAAGCAGGGCUUUGGGAAUCUACCCAUCUGCAUGGCCAAAACACACUUGUCCUUGUCUCACAACCCAGAGCAAAAAGGGGUGCCUACUGGUUUCGUUCUGCCCAUCCGGGACAUCCGUGCCAGCGUUGGGGCAGGUUUCCUGUAUCCUUUAGUAGGAACGAUGAGCACAAUGCCUGGACUCCCUACGCGGCCCUGUUUUUAUGAUAUUGAUUUGGAUCCUGAAACGGAACAAGUGAAUGGAUUGUUUUAAGCAGAUCUUCCAUCUCCAAGAGGCCACUCUGUCCGGCCAGUGUCUGUUCAGGCCCACUGAAGAAGUGUGCAGAAGUCUUGGAAGUCUGUCCCCGCCCUGAAGAGCUUCAGAAAUAGUGGGAGUUUCCCUAAAGCCUUUCAUAGCCUUAAUUCAUGUCAUGUAUAAAUUAACAUAAAUCAUGUCUAUUUACAUAGUGAAGGUCCAGAAUAAAUGAAAUAAUUUUGCUA